UCCUGGACGCCAGUAUGUGUUCCUCUUGCAGACUGUUCGACUGGCUUCUCGGCGUUAUGGCGUUCUGGUAGCGGAGUCGCGCCCGAUUUUUUUGGUAAGGCGUUUACGAAGAUGAUUUUCAAGAUUUUUGUUCGACUCUUCCCAUGAGGAGCUUUCUCUGCGUGAUAGCAGAUCCUGCUUCCGGCGUAAGAUGGUGGUGCAGCUGGGCUCCCGUGACGUGAGCCCCGACGUGCGGGGGCGGCUGCGGCUGUGCGGCCCCUCCCGCGCCCCCGCAGUUUUCACCGUGGUGGGCGUGCUGCUGGCCGCCAUCGGCGCCUGCCUCGCGCCCUUCUGGCCCUCUCUCUUCAACUACGUCCUCUCCACGGAGCUGAGCAUAUCACCGACGUCGGCGAGUUUCAAACUGUGGCGGGACACGCCCGUCCCCAUGAAGCUGGACUUCUACUUCUGGAACUGGACCAACCCAGGCGAGAUCACCAACCGUGACACGAAACCCACUUUCGUCCAAAUGGGUCCGUACCGAUUCAAUGAGGUGCACGAGAAGAUAAACAUCACGUGGCACGACAAUGGCACGGUGAGCUACCGGCAGAUCCGGCGCUGGUUCUUCGACCCGGACUACUCCAACGGAACCCUCGACGACGAGGUCACCACGCUGAACAUCAUCGCUCUGACGGCGUCGUUCGUGACGCGCGAGUGGAGCUUCGUGAUGCGGAAGGGUCUGGACAUCGCGCUGUGGCAGAUGGGCCAGAAGCUGCACGUGACGCACCAGGUGCGCCAGUUGCUCUUCGAGGGCUACGAGAGCCCGCUCAUCACCAUGGCCGACCGCCUGCCCGCGCUCGCCGGCAUAGACAUCCCCUACGACCGCUUCGGCUGGUUCUACAGCCGGAACGGCUCCGCGGACUUUGACGGCGUGUUCAACAUGCGCACCGGCGCCGACGACCUUUACCGCGUGGGCGAGCUGGCGCGCUGGAACUACGACGAGCGCACGCGCUUCUUCCCGGGCCGCUGCGGCAACGUCGAGGGCUCCGCCGGCGAGCUGUGGCCGCCCAAGCGCUCCAAGGACGACCGCAUCGGACUCUUCUCGCCCGACCUCUGCAGGUCGAUCGAGCUGGACUUCCGGCAGGAGGACGAGGUGCUGGGCCUGCGCGGCUUCCGCUACUCGGGCGGGCCCUCGCUGCUGGACAACGGCACGCUGGACCCGGCCAACGAGUGCUUCUGCGCCGGCGAGUGCGUCGCGUCCGGCGUGCUCAACGUGUCCUCGUGCCGGUACGGCGCGCCUGCCUUCGUCUCCUACCCGCACUUCUACCUGGCCGACGAGCGCCUGGCCGCCGCCGUGCACGGCAUGAGCCCCGACGAGCACCGGCACAGCUUCUACGUCACGCUGGAGCCGGAGACGGGAAUACCUCUGGAUGUGGCGGCCCGCUUCCAGAUAAAUAUCCUGCUGCAGCAGCAGAGUUACAUAUCGAUGCUGCGGGGGGUGCCGCGCGUCUUCUUCCCGAUGCUGUGGUUCGAGGAGCGCGCGUCCAUCACGGAGGAGCUGGCGCGGCCGCUGCGGCUGCUGCUGCUGAUGCCCACGUGCGGACUGGCCGCCUCGCUGGCCUCGUGCGCGGCCGGCGUCGUCGCCCUCCUCAUAGCUACCGGGCUGCGGCUCAGGGAGCACCGCGCCAGGACCAGGUUGGCGAAGAGCGCUGCCGUGUCCGGGGCAGCCCUGGAGGUGUCGCUGCCGCUGAUGGACGCGACGGACAAGGCCUCCAGCGAGAAGCUGGAAGUCCAGACCGCCAGGAGCCGGCUCUCCAGCUCGUCUUCGUCGUCGACGUAGCCGCGUCCUCCCGGCGGCGCGUCCCCAAAUGAUGCUCACUUCUUCCGUCUCUACCAGCACGCGAGGACAUUCGCCCGAACACUGUUGGGUGGUACUCGGGAACCACGUCGGUGAAGCAGCCGCCUACAGCCGGUGCUCCUGACCUACCGUAGUUAUUGCCCACUUGAGAGUGCCAUACGACGAACUGGGUACAGCGGUUAGUGGUCCGAGCGACUCAACUGCAGAGAGACUGGGGGAGCAGUUACCACGUCAUAGCUGUUUGUGCUGGGCGUUUCGUCGUUGUUGUUUUUUUAUUUUCUUCAUGUUAGGUUGUUACCUUUUUCGAGAAGUAAACAUAUUCAGUGUACAUACCUAAUUAACUAGUAAUUCGCUGAUAAAAUUAUAAGUAUAUCGGAUAGCAGGGUAUAUCAUUUAAGUGCAGCGUGCAACGAUUAUUUAGAAUAAAAGUGCUUCACGCGACACAGAACGUACUGAGGAUUCGAUUUAGUACAAAUGUAAUGUGACAUUACAGUAAUUAUCAGUGACUCUUCAUGUAGAAAAUUACAUUGCAAAUAGAGGCAAAAUGUGUUGUUGAAAGAACUGUUUGGUAGUGCUUGCAGCUAAUGGGCUUCCUCGACAAGCACUCAAACAAAAUCAUUCCACAUUGUCUAUCAAUUACACCUCUUUCCCCCGUUUCCACGGUCUCGUGGUUGAUAUUUGUGUCUAACCAUAAAAUAUGGCAUUUCUUAAGUGUUGUUGUUGAAUGUUUCGUUAUUGUUAUUCUGGUGAUUGCUGCAUUUCCAGCAGAUUAGUUGGGUCAGGUUUCCAGUUAACAGUAGAAGUAUUGUGGUUCAAGUUCAGGUAGUCCUGUGCAACGAUAAGAUGACCUUAUUUGGAUUUGAUGUGUGAAACGUUUGUUGUUUUUUCUCAUCUAAUACUUGAUCUAGUGAUACGUACUGAAGUGAGUCUCUCUGCAGUUUCGAACAAAACUGGUUGUAACAUGCCUGAUCGUAGAGAACUCAAGACAAUAACUAUCCACAACUAUUUAACCUGUUUAGAACAGCUAAACUAAGUAGUGCCAAAGACUUGCGGCGUUUUAGUGUUCUGCAGCAAAGAUACCUGAGAGGAUCGAAAAGAACAACUGAAUUCUAAUCAUUGAUACUUACUUGGAAAAUGUAGUUUUGUCGAGAAACGCCACAUUAUUUCAUAUUUUAUUCAUAAGAAGAUUUACUCUUUCAGGAAAGUCUGAAUGUCUCCAAAUUCAAAGUCUUACAGAACACCUUAAAAUGUCCAUAUGUAAAACUCCAAUUUUUGCUUAAAAAUGUAUAUCAUGGCCGUAUAAAGUUUUGUUUAUUAAUACCUCUAUAAUUGCCACUAUCAAAAGCAAAAUUUACUUUAGUGGUCGGCAAUCCUCCAAAAUUCAGCAAUAUGAAACUCGCAUUUAUUUCAUAAUAGAGUUGCUCUUUGCAUAUGCGUCACGUCUUUUCGACGCUUCUGAUAUUACGGACUGCUUAAUCAUACAGUAUUUUCUUUAAACCACAAGUAAUACAAUCAAUAACUGACAACCUUAUCUACGCUGUCAUUUCUAUUCAAAAUUAAUUUAAACGGCUGAAAUCUUCUUGUCACUGGAUCAUGCCAUAAUCGGAUAAAUGUCCUGUAUGUCUUGCCUGGACGAAAUAUCUCCUCCAUCGUACCACAAAUGGCACCACUUUACUUUAGAUAAGAGGACUACAAGGAUACAUAGUACAUAAGGAAAAUUUGCUUGUAAUGGUCCAGCUUAUUCCUUAGAGACAAUACGAAGAGUUACCCUUCAAAACCAGAUCCCCCCCCCCAUACCGUUGUCACCAUCAGUAUAGCCCUGCAAAUCACCAAGCUGUUAAGUUACUCCGUAGUUCCUGGACAGAAGCCAGGACUCGCAGAAAUGUGGCCAGCAUCAGAACAUUUAAUUAACAUUCGCCUUGUUAGGACUGCUGAGGCAAACUGAUUGCGUUUUGUGUCGGUAACAAACAUACAUCUUGGUGUGGCACCUCCUUCACUAACUACUUUUCCACACUUAGUGCAGAGACGAAGCGGUAUCUUUCGUUAGUAUUACUUUCCUUUGUCUCCAUACCCUAUAACGCGCAGGAAAGGCCAAAGCUUCCUGCCCGUGAGUUACAGUUCUUGUCGAAACUAUUUGUACUCAGCCUGAAAUUCACUGUUUGUCGAUGAUCGCUACUAAAGAGACAUACUUCUUAAGGCCAGGUAAUAGUAUAACACAAUACAAACAAUUUUCAUUUUUAGGCUCUCAUAAUUUGUUAGGUCUAGUUCAAUUCAUUAAUACUUUUUGCUCUAGAUAUCACCACUCCAAAACCUCCCUUCAAGUUAACAUAGCAAAACAGCCAUAAUGAAAGGGAUGAUUAAUGUAAUAUGAAUACAUAAGGCACUACCAGAAACUGACUAUAGUAUAACAUAGGAUACCACCCGAAAAUGAACUUAUGAGAAAAUGAAACGGUUGUCAAAUUGCUUGUCUUAAAUAAUAAAAAAAUGGAAUGUGCGUGUGGCUAGGACGUCCUGUCGUGUAGGCAGGUCGCCUGGUAAGUCUUUUCAGUUGACACCACUUCGGCGAGUUUCGUGUCGAUGAGGAUGAAAUGAUGAAGACAACACAACACCCAGUUCCCAGGCGGAGACAGUCUCCGACCCUGCCGCGAAUCGAACCCGGGCUACUCGCAUGGCGUUCUGCCACGAUGAACAUUCAGCUACGGAGGGGGACAAUACACAAAUAAUUGAGAAUUAUUAAAAACUUUUAUUAGUAAACAAAGGGUACAUUUACAUAAGUUUCCUGUUCACACUACGCUAUCUUCCUGUGGAUAUGAGUAAGUCAACAAAAUUCACUUCCAUCAGAAAAUUGUUUUCCAGUAACAUUUCCGCUGCUCAACUGGUAACGAGUUUUCGCCAUAAUUCGUUACGAAAGAGCGGUCAACGUAUGUUCUGAACGUGGUUUAAGAUUCCAUUAAUAUUAAACGUCACAGAACAAAAUCGAUUGCACCUACCAUCGUUUUUCGUUUAGUUUGCCAAACUGUGUACGUGGAAAUUAACAAGUGUUGUACAAAUAAUUUGUAGUUAAGUCUCUUAACUGUUAAUGUCUCGUCUGAGAAGUAUUCGUCCUGUAAUGGUACAGAAAUGUAUUACUUGUUGUAUUUUUAAAAAUUUUGAGUGUAUUUUGUAAAAUGUUAAUAAACGAUACGUUUGGAAAUUGUGAAA